AUGGGGAAUUGCUUAAGAAGUAAUUACAACAAAGUUUUGGCAGAAGAUAUUGACAAACAAGAGCCACCAAAGGAAUUAGCAAAAGCCAGCUUUACCACAACACCACAUGUGAAGGAUGUUAGGAGAAAUAAGAACCGGGUAAGGUUAAGAUUACAAGAAGGUAAUAAUAUUGGCAAUAGUAGUGAGACAAAUAGUGGGGUUGUGAGGAUUAAAUUGGUGGUGACUCAGGAAGAGCUGAAACAGAUUUUGAAUUACAAGAGUAGGAGUGGUUCUAACUUCUCUUCAGUGGAACAAUUGUUGAGUGAAAUGAAGAUCGUGAGAGGAAGAAGUGUUUCGGAAGUUGACAAAAGUGAUCAUGGGACAAUAGUACAUGGAAGCUGGAGCCCAACCUUGGAAAGCAUUCCAGAAGACAUUUGA